UGCAGUGUUUCCCACUGGUCAACACGAGCAGCUCAGGCAGAAAGCAAAAUUUAUUUCCCUCAACAUUAGAUGCUAUACUCAGCUGAUAUCUGAUGUUGCUGUUCCUCUCUUGCCUGCAGAGACCCUAAGAGAUGAAAAAAUUGAUCUUUGCCUUCAGAAGUUACAAGAUGAUCAAUUCCACCACCACGGAGCCUCCGGAUGAGUCCUGCUCCCAGAACACCCUGAUCACCCAGCAAAUCAUUCCUGUGCUGUACUUCGUGGUUUUCAUUGCAGGGAUUCUACUCAAUGGAGUGUCAGGAUGGAUAUUCUUUUACGUGCCCAGCUCUAAGAGUUUCAUCAUCUAUCUCAAGAACAUUGUUGUUGCAGACUUUCUGAUGAGCCUGACUUUUCCUUUCAAGAUCCUUGCUGACUCGGGCCUAGGCCCCUGGCAGCUGAACGUGUUCGUAUGCAGGGUCUCGGCUGUGCUCUUCUAUGUCAACAUGUACGUCAGCAUCGUGUUCUUUGGGCUCAUCAGCUUUGACAGGUACUAUAAAAUCGUAAAGCCUCUUUUGACUUCUUUCAUCCAGUCGGUGAAUUACAGCAAACUCCUGUCGGUGACAGUAUGGAUGCUCAUGCUCCUUCUCGCGGUUCCGAACAUCAUUCUGACCAACCAGAGUGUUAAGGUGGUUACGCAGAUAAAAUGUGUGAAACUGAAAAAUGAACUGGGACAGAAGUGGCACAAAGCAUCAAACUACAUCUUCGUGAGCAUUUUCUGGAUUGUGUUUCUUUUGCUAAUCAUUUUCUAUACUGCCAUCACGAGGAAAAUCUUUAAGUCCCACCUUAAGUCCAGAAGGAAUUCCACUUCGGUCAAAAAGAAAUCAAGCCGCAACAUAUUCAGCAUUGUGUUUGUAUUUUUUGUCUGUUUUGUACCUUACCACAUUGCCAGAAUCCCCUACACACAGAGUCAAACAGAAGCUCAUUAUAGCUGCCAGUCAAAAGAAAUCUUGUUCUAUGUGAAAGAAUUCACUCUGCUACUAUCUGCUGCAAAUGUAUGUCUGGACCCUAUUAUUUAUUUCUUUCUAUGCCAGCCAUUUAGGGAAAUCUUAUGUAAGAAAUUGCACAUUCCAUUAAAAGCUCAGAACGACCUAGACACUUCCAAAACCAAAAGAGAAAAUACAGUGCAUGAAAGCAUAGAUACUUUGUGAAUUCCUACACCCUUUCAAAUUAUGUCCUUGUAAAACAUGUUGUCAUCUUCAAUUACAUAAGAGGAAUGAAUAAGAAACAUGCCCAUUAUAAGUAUCAUCUCUAGCAUUACUAUCCAGUUUAGUACAUUAAUAAAAUUCAAAUGUAAGUUUCCAUGUUUUUCUGUAACAUCAGAGGAAAAAGUACCCAUCAGUGGAUUUCUCUCUUAAUACUGUACUUUUUUAUUUCCUGUUAAUAAAAAGAAAAAAAUUACAUACAAUUAUUCAGUCCUAUUCCAUCCAAAUAGGCUUAAAUUUAUAAUCACUACUCUGGUCAGUUAAUGUAGAACUUUAAAUAGUAAAUAAAGAAAAUAGGAAGUAAUUAAAGAUAAUUCACAUGGGCAUCUUAUUUCUCUAAACAAAAGAAUCGUGUUUAGUACGUGAUUAUUUUUUCCAACAAGGUCCUUAAAGACCAACUUAAA